ACCGUGUUGUCGGCGGCGGUUGAUCUGCUAAAGAAGUGAAAUCAGUUUAACGAUUUAAAUGUGUUUCUUUAUCGAUUAGAUUAAAACCCUCUCCGGACAUUAAUCCCUCCUCACGCUGCUUUCUGGCCGCUCAACUCGCUGAGAUGUCGUCCGGAGAGCCGCUCUGUGAGCUCCUGCUGAGGGGGGAGGAGACAAGGAGGGAGGUGGGCUGCCAAUGGGAGAGUCCAGAGGAGGAGACGAGGAAGGAGGAGACAAGGAAAGAAGUGGGCUGUCAGAGCGACUCAGCAGAACGGAGAGACGCUGCUGUCCAGGUGGAUCUGCUGAGUCAACAGCUGGGCUGGAGACACUCAGGUUCCUCUGAGGUUCUGCUGCAGUGUUUCGCAGUGAGGUCAGACGGUUCUGACGGGGUUCUGCUGCAGCACUGCACCAACCGGACCAGAACCAGAACCAUCAAGCCCCCCCGCAGGAGGAGCCCCCCCCCCUCCCCUGAAGAGGAGGGGCCCCCCCCUGAGGAAGAAGACCCCAAAACAGAGUCCGGUGCAACGAGGGCGCCGCAGGGGGUCGGCUGUCACUGACCCCCCCCAGGAGGAAGAGGAGGAGGAGGACGAGGGAGAGGGAGAGGAGGGAGAGGAGGAGGAGGAAGGUGACCCCAUCUGGACUCCAGCUGAAGGAGAUGACUCUGCCUCGCCUCCCUCGUCUCCCCAACUGGACUCCGACUCCCAGCAUGCACCUCUGCGCCCGGUGAAGCUGGAGCCGGGCAGCACCAUGUGUGAGGUGUGUGGCAAAGUGAUGAAGAACAAGGCGAGCCUGGCGCGCCACUCCUUCAUCCACACGGGUCAGAAACCCUUCGCCUGCCACCUGUGUGAGCUGCGCUUCAACCGCAGAGACAACCUGCAGCACCACCUGACGCGCCUGCACCCCGAAGGUGCGAAACAUCGCCAGAAACAUCGCCCGGCGCCCGCGUGGCUGUGCUCCGCCUGCGGGAAGACCUUCAGCUGCCGAUCACGCCUCAAAACGCACGAAGUCAUCCAUUCGGGGGUGAAACCGUUCCGCUGCGAUUUGUGUCCCAAAGCUUACAUGAGAACCAACGAUCUGGAGCACCACAAGAAGAUCGUACACGUGGACGUUGACGGUGGCGAGAAACCGCCGCCGGUUAGCUCGUUGCUGUGCGAUUUCUGCGGUAAAGAGUUCCCGUGCCGCUCGCAGCUCGCCGUGCAUUUCCAGGUUCACACGGGCGAGCGGCCGCACCUCUGCGACAUCUGCGGGCGGAAAUUCGGACGCCAGUAUCAGCUGAAUCGCCACAAGAUCCUGGUUCACAACAACACCACGUUGGACAGCAACCACGCGCCGCCUGACGCUCCGUUCCCCUGCAGCGUCUGUGGGAAGCGCCUGAAGUCGGAGGCGCUUCUCGCCGCGCACGGUCGCAUUCAUUCUGCAGAGCGAACGCACCGAUGUGUCCUCUGUCCGCGCAGCUUCCACCGCGCCGCAUCCCUGAAGCAGCAUCACGACCGCGUUCACCUCAGAAGCAACAGCAACGGGGCGCAGAAUCACAACCGCCGGAAGAGCGUGGCGUCAUCCAAAGAGUUCCCGUGUUCGAUCUGUGGAAAGGUUUUCAAGUUCCGCUCGUUGUUGUCGAGUCACGCUCUGAUCCACAGCGACCAGCGGCCGUACGGGUGCGACUUCUGCAGCCGAAGCUUCCGGCGCCUCGGACAUCUGAAGCGCCACCGAGAGGUCGUCCACGCCAACGGGGAGCGGCCCGCGCAGUCCUUCGUCUGCCACAUCUGUGGGAAAGACAAGAAGUGCCGCUCGCAGCUGCAGCGCCACGUCAUCAUCCACACGGGGGAGCGGCCGCACGGCUGCGAGCUCUGCGGCGCCAGGUUCAACCGCAGCGGGAACCUGCAGCAGCACAGGAAGCGCAUGCAUGGAGAGGGGGGGGAACCCGCUGAGGACGAGGAACCGCACAUCCUGUUCGACGACGACAUGAUGCCGGCGCUCGCCUACAAACAGGAAGAGACGGUGGUGGCUGUCGGCGACACGAUCUGCGAGGAGAUAGAGGAGCAGAUCGGUCCCUGAACACAACGUCUGCUUUAGAACUUUGACUUUAGAACUGAUGAACCUGGAGCUGACGCGUGUGGUUCUGCAGGAGAACGUGUGGUUGUUCUGCAGGAGAACGUGUGGUUGUUCUGCAGGGGAACGUCUGGUUGUUCUGCAGGAGAACGUGAACGUGUGGUUGUUCUGCAGGAGAACGUGAACGUGUGGUUGUUCUGCAGGAGAACGUGAACGUGUGGUUGUUCUGCAGGAGAACGUGAACGUGUGGUUGUUCUGCAGGAGAACGUGAACGUGUGGUUGUUCUGCAGGAGAACGUGUGGUUGUUCUGCAGGAGAACGUGAACGUGUGGUUGUUCUGCAGGAGAACGUGCGGUUGUUCUGCAGGGGAAUGUGCGGUUGUUCUGCAGGAGAACGUGCGGUUGUUCUGCAGGGGAACGUGCGGUUGUUCUGCAGGGGAACGUGCGGUUGUAUAGAAAAAGUGAGUGCAUUUCUUGUGAGUUCGUCUUAAAGGUGACCUCUGACCUCUGAAUGAAAGCUCUCAUAGAAACUGAAUAAUCUGAUUAUCCAGAGAUCUUUUCUCCAAACUGUUUGAUUGAAAGGAGAAUUAAAGACUUCACAAACGUU